CAUAUCAUUACAUUCAUAUGACCACAAUCAGCUGACUUUGGCGGCUUUUUCGCGUAUUUCUGCUUUAUGAUGGAUGGUCAAUUGAAGUUACCAGAAAAUUCCCCAGGAAACCUUCGCCACUUAUGUUCUGAACAGAUUGAGAAGCAAAGUAUGCGUGGUAAACAUCGGCGUAUGCAUUCCGAAGGAUCUGCUCGCUUUAAUUCAUCACCUUCAUGCGAGUCUCUGACAGGAAACAAACCAACUGUUGACUGGAUAUCUCAGUCUGGGGUUAGGCGGCGGAAAUUCCCAGAUUUCUGUCUUUUUAGUGAUUCUUCAAGUCAGUCGACCACGAGUACUUCUGCCGCACAACAGCCGUGGGACAUAAAUUCUUCUGUUUCUGACUUGAAGUCUCUGAGCGUUUUAAAAGCAAAUCAUUCUCCACUGUCUUCUCAUCGUCGAUCUGCAAGCUAUGGUGGUGAUUACUUCACGUAUGCUGCUCACGAGAUUGGGGAAGCUGCUAGUAGAGCUGUGGAACAUGCAGAAGAACUUGUUAUACAUCUCUGGAAACAGGGUUGGAAAGUUGUUCACCAUCAUAGUUUACCCCACUGGUUAAAGGACAAUGACUUCCUUCUGCGUGGUCAUCGACCUCAACUUCGUUCAUUUCGCGAGUGCUUUCGUUCCAUUUUCCGAUUACAUACAGAAACAGGGAAUAUAUGGACGCAUCUUAUAGGUUUCAUAUGCUUUCUGAUACUAAGUAUAUCAUUUUUGGUUCGUCCUGGAUUAGAUAUUCAUUGGCAGGAAAAAAUGGUUGUCCAAGUGUUUUUCGUCAGUGCAAUCCUUGCACUUGGUUUUUCCUGGCUAUUUCAUACUGUUUAUUGUCAUUCAGAGCGUGUCGGUAAAUUAUUUAAUAAAUUGGAUUAUAUGGGGAUUGCACUACUUGUUAUCGGUUCGUUUGUCCCUUGGAUUCACUAUUCUUUCUAUUGUCAUAAACCAUUCAAAUUUGUUUAUAUUACGGCUGUGCUGAUACUUGGAUCAAUCUGCGCCUUUGUUUGUACACAAGAUUAUUUUCUUAGUCCAGCGUAUCGUGUAGCUAGAGCACUUUUAUUCAUUUCCCUCGGUUUGUCGGGUAUAAUUCCGUGUACACAUUAUAUUCUAAUGGAAGGCUUUUGGGAGGGUGUCAGUUAUUCAGCGCUUGGUUGGCUUGUGCUAAUGGCUGUACUCUACAUAUCAGGGGCUGCAAUUUAUGCAUUGCGUAUUCCUGAACGUCUUUAUCCUGGAAAAUUUGAUAUUUGGUUUCAAAGUCAUCAAAUCUUCCAUGUAUUUGUUGUACUGGCUGCCUUAGUACAUUUGAAUGGUAUUCUAGAGAUUGCUCAAUAUCGACUAGCCAAAGGUGGUUGCGAUAAUCAAUUGUAAAUGUGCCCAGUGACUAUUAUUACUAUUAUUAUUAUUAUUACUGUCAUUAUUUUCUCAUUCCUUCUGCUUCAAUCUUUUGCAUAUAUACCUGUUCAAUUAUUAUUAUUACAACAACUACUACCAUUUUGUUGUGUUUUCGACCAUUAUUAUUAUUAUGUCACGCGAUAUGGGGUGACUUACGUACGUAAGUAAGUCGGUGGGAUUGUUUGCACAAAAUUAACUGUAGAACUUGUAAUAAUUUUGAUUUCUUUUGUUUUUGUGUGUUUUUUUUAACCCAUAUACCCCCCACUCCAGUAUAAUGAUAUAUCAAAAAAGAAAUUGACUUUGUCCCCCCUUCUCUCUCUCCGUGUGUGUGUGUGUGUGUCAGAGUUCUGUUUUUUGGUUAAACCUUAUUCACCACUGUUGUGUUCUCAUCAGUUCUUCUCCUUUAUAAUGGGAUCAUUUACUCAUGUGUUAUUUAUUAUUAUAAAGAGAAAGAAUAGUUUAGAAAUUUCUUGUCUCAUAUACAUAUUUGCACAAACAUUUACAUAUCCUUUGUAUCCUCUGCACACACACACACACACACACUAAAGUCAGUGCAUAAAAAAUUCAAUCUACUUUGUGAGAAGUUCUACCUGGAAUUCUGUUAAUGGACCAUUAUGUGUAUGUGAGUUGUUAAAUUGUUAAAAAUUUUAUCUUGUAAUGUCGAUUGAUACAUCUGCAUAACUUCUUUUGGUUAUUUUUUGUCUUAUUGUGUAACUACAAGAUGCCUUGUUUUUAUGACAAGUGUGUGUGUCCAAGUCUGGGUAUUCCAGUCAAAGUACAUGACUGGUGAAGUAGCUCACACAAAACACACAUAUACAUACAUGUAGAAAUUAUCAUACUGCACUCAAUAAUCUUCAUCAUCAUGAAAUGAUCUGUGUUCAUAUUUUCAUCUAGAUCACAAAUGAAAAAAAAAUUAGACAGACAACUUGUACAAGUAAUUUUGAAUUCAAAUUUCACACACUGUAUUGAUUGUGUUUCUCUUUCCCCUGAUGUGAUCAUUAAUCUCUCGUUACAUGCAUGUGUGUGUGUGUAUGUGCGUGUGGCGGGGUGGUAGUUCGAUUUGUAUAUGCUUGUUAUAUAUACAUACACAUACACAAAGGGGGAGACACCUACCAUCAACCACCUCGUCGUGUUUGCAGAGAGAGAUAGAUGCCCUAUUAUUAUUAUUAUCGUUCACCACCCCACCAUCGACCUAAUCGUCAAUGCGUUUUUGUAUUUUUCUUUUGUUGCCUCCAAUGAAAAUAAAUUUGGGGUGUAAGCGCGGCCGAAUUGAAAACAGCUUGUGUUUGUGACUGUGUAUACAUACAGUUUUGCCUAUUUAUUUAUUUAUUCAUUCGGCCAUGUUACUUGACAGUAGUAUUCACUCAAAUCAUUUUAACUACUCCUCUUUCCAUAGUGUGUGUGUGUGUAGAGAGAGAGAGUGAGUGUACUGUACUCUAGUACACUUCACUUUCAUUUAACUAUUUCAUUUUAUAAUUUUAUUAAUCUUUCUUUCCUUUUUAAAAAAAUUUUCUUCAGUUUUGUUUUCUUUUCUCCCCCCUUUCUCUCUCGCAUAAAAAUGUGUAUUAUAAAACAAUUUGAAAGAAAAAUGAAGUUGUCAAAUGCUGCCAGUUAUUUCUAUUUAUCAUUUCAUUGUAAUCGCUGGAUGAUGGAUCACAAAGUCACUUAUAAUAAUAACAAUAAUAAUAAUAAUGAUCACAGAGAUUUAGUAAUGAAUAAAUUUGAGAUGUAUUG